GCCCACACGGUUCGCCGUAGUCGGAAAGAUGGCGACCGUAGCACUGGUUAGCCGUCCUGCGAGUGUCCUUCCGAGGAUUUCUAGUAGCUGCUCCCCUGCCAUAUUGUCGGCUGCCUCAGUCUCCACUGGCCAGCAGAGGAGGCUGCAACAUACCCUCGUCCCCAAAGGGAAAGGGGGGCGCUCUUCUUCCAGUGGAAUAUCAGCCACAGUGUUUGGGGCCACAGGUUUCCUGGGUCGAUAUGUUGUCAAUCAGCUGGGUCGGAUUGGCUCUCAGGUUGUAAUCCCACACCGCUGUGAUCAGUAUGACCUCAUGUACUUUAGAACGAUGGGCGAUCUUGGACAAAUUAUAUUCAUGGAGUGGGAUGCCAGGAACAAAGACUCCAUCAAACGGGCAUUGGAGCACUCUAAUGUGGUCAUCAACCUGGUGGGCAGAGAGUGGGAGACAAGGAACUAUCGCUUUGAGGAUGUCUUUGUGACCAUUCCUCAGCAGAUCGCCAGGGCAGCCAAAGAGGCCGGCGUCUCAAAGUUAAUCCACAUGUCCCACCUCAACGCUGACAUACGCAGCCCAUCCAAGUACCUGAGGAACAAGGCUGUGGGAGAGACGGCAGUGAGAGACGAGUUUCCAGAUGCAAUCAUCAUGAAGCCUGCUGAGGUCUUUGGGAGAGAGGACAGAUUCUUCAACUAUUACGCAAACAUGCGCUGGUUUGGCAACUCCAUUCCACUCCUGUCACUUGGGAAGAACACGGAGAAACAGCCAGUUUAUGUGGUGGAUGUGGCCAAGGCCAUCGUCAAUGCUAUCAAAGAUCCUGAUUCUAAUGGAAAGACCUACGCACUAGUCGGCCCCAACCGGUACCUCCUUCACGACCUGGUGGAGUACAUCUACGCUGUGGUACGCAGACCUUUUGUGGCCUACCCUGUUCCCCGUCAACUCUACCACCUCGGUGCUAGGUUUUUUGCAAUGACCCCCUUUGAGCCGUGGACGAGCCCAGACAAAGUGGACAGGUUUCACCAAUCAGACAUGAAGUACCCAGGACUUCCUGGUCUGGAGGAUCUCGGUAUCACUCCCAACACCGUGGAACAAAAGGCUAUCCAGGUUCUGCGUCGUCACCGUCGGUUCCGUUACCUGGAAACUGACUUGGACGACGCAAAGCCAGCCAAGCAGAUCAACUAUUAAACUAUUUGAUGAGAAAAUUCACCAUCACUAUGGCAACCAGAGGACAUCAUACCUCUGCUGUGUCCUUUUGUCAGUAACUGUCUUCUGUACAUAUAAAUAAAAACAAUUAUCCUUUAAAAGUUGAAGAUUA